CCGCCGCACAGCUCUCCCUCCCUCCCUCCCACAGUCCCCGGUUCCAGUGCUGUCUGUGCAGGCUCGCAGACAUGGCCGCCCUCAGUAAAAUACCUCACAGUUGCUACGAAGUUGGCCACACAUGGGAGCCGUCGUGCGUGCAGUCCGCCGUGGACAUAACCAGCGCCGCUCUGGACGUCUCCUUCAAAAUAUACGCCCCUCUUUACCUGAUAGCGGCCAUUCUGAGGAGACGGAAGAAAGAUUACUAUAUAAAAAGGCUCCUUCCAGAGAUCCUGUGGUCCACCUCUUUCCUCACAGCCAAUGGAGGCCUGUUCCUCAUUUUCUUCUGUAUUUUCAGAAAACUGUUUGGAGGGUUCUACCCCUGGUCGGGGUUUGGCGCCGCCCUCCCCGCCUCCUACAUCGCCAUCCUUCUGGAGCGAAAGAGCAGGAGAGGUCUGCUGACCAUUUACAUGGCAAAUCUAGCAACAGAAACGCUGUUCCGCAUGGCCGCGGCUCGAGGUGUCGUCAAACCCAUCAAACACGGAGAGGUGCUGCUGUUCUGCGUCACUGCGUCGCUCUUCAUGUUUUUCUUCAGGAGUAACGAUGGUCUUAAAGGUUUCGUCUUCUCUGCGUUAAAAUUCAUCAUCGGGAAAGAGGAGCUUCCCACUCAUUCCACUUUGACGGAGCCCGUGGGUUCGAGGCCCGCGGAGGCAGCCGCUGGCGUAGAACCAGCAGCGCUGCCAGCAGAGAGCUCCAGGAGGAGGAACCUGCUGGACAGAACCAGGAGGCUGCUGGAGUCCAUAUGCAAACGGGGUCCAAGACACACGUGCUGCAAACAUCACCAUGACAACUGCAUUUCCUACUGUGUCAAAGGAUUCAUCCGGAUGUUCAGUAUCGGGUAUCUCAUCCAGUGUUGCAUUAAAGUGCCGUCAGCCUUCAGACAGAUUUUCUCCAAACCCUCACGGCUUCCCUCCAUUUUCUACAACAAAGACAACUUCCAGCUGGGAGCCUUCUUAGGCUCUUUUGUCAGCAUCUACAAGGGAGCGAGCUGCCUCCUGCGGUGGAUCCGUAACAUCGACGACGAGCUGCACGCCCUGGUAGCCGGGUUCUUGGCGGGAAUCUCCAUGUUCUUCUACAAAAGCACAACGAUCUCCAUGUACCUCUUCUCUAAGCUGGUGGAGACCAUGUACUUCAAAGGCAUCGAGGCGGGACAUGUCCCCUACUUCCCCCACGCAGACACCAUCAUCUACAGCAUCUCCACCGCCAUCUGCUUCCAGGCUGCAGUGAUGGAGGUUCAAAACCUCAGGCCUUCAUACUGGAAGUUCCUGCUUCGCUUAACUAAGGGCAGAUUUGCUCUGAUGAAUCGAAAGCUGCUGGAUGUGUUUGGGACUCAGGCGUCCAGAGACUUUAAAGACUUUGUGCCCAAACUGGACCCUCGUUUCACCACGCCUCCCAGCGCGGCCGUGCUUCCAGCAGGAGGCGACCUCCAGCUGGGAUCCCUCUGAGCCAAAGCCCCCCCCCCCCCCCAGAGCGCUUUGGGAUCCCAUCAACACGGACAGUCUGGCUGCUCUUCCAUAGUUUUUUUUUUUCUCUGCAAGCGAUGGAACUUCUCAGAAGUAAUGUAGCCUUGUUUUAAAAUGGGAGGAGCUUAGGAAGGCGCACAAACUGGAAGUCUGUGAUGUCAUGAAGGUUGACUGUGGGGCAAUAGUUGGCACAUUUCUUACAAAAGUGCAGCAUAAAUUAGAAGGCAUACAAAUGCAUUUAAGUCAAUAUAAACUAUUCAAAUGCAGUGAUUGACAUAGGAAAAAUGAUGUCAAGUCAAACCAAUUGACCAUUAAGUACAAACACAUUCAGAACUGCAUCUGUACAUCCCAUCCAUCCAGAUCUACGGUGUGACUGGAGAGAUUUCUGAUUCCCUUCAUGCAGUUUUGUCCGGGUUGAAGUGAAAUUAGAACAUUUAGGCAGCACUGAACUGCUGAACAGGAAGACUAAAAGUAAGAAGGGAAGAUGGGCUUGGCUGCAAGUCUGCACUUUCAUUCACAGACUAAACUAUUAGUAGCUGUGUGAUGAGAUUCAAAGGGGAAUUUAGUCCUGUUUUGUUAGGAAAUAAUAUUUCUAAUGGAGAUUGGAAGGUUUUCUAAAUGUGCUUAAUGAGUAAAGUUCAGUAUUGAGCAAAAGCUUUGAGCCAACGUCAAUUCCGUUUUGACCAAUAUUUCCAAUUCAAGCUUUGAUUUGAAAUGUUUUCUCUUUGGAUUUUGGUUGAUUUUUAUUUAAUUUUUUUCUUGUUGGUUGACCAUUGAUUUAAUGGAUACAGAAUAAUCCAAGUAUUUUUAUGCAAAUAAUAAUUCUGUGUCGAGGUCAUACAAACACGCAGUUUGGUUAAAAACAAAUGAAAACACAUCAGGAGCACUUGAAAUCUUUGACAUUUCCCAAUUUCAAGUUGCAUUAGAAAAAGGGUAAAAACUGAAUCCCAACGAGCAGUUUGCCUAAAACCUGCUUUAUUUUACAACUACAGACAGGAACUACACAGAAGGAUAAGCAGGGCUUUUAUUCUGGAAAUAGUCUGAAAUGGACUAAAAAUACGUCAUAUAUUUUUAGAACUUGAAAUUGUUGCUUAAAAUACCCUUUUUAUGGAAUAUUUGAAGAAAAAAAGGACGUCAGACAUGACAGUAAUCAUGGAAACGUAAAAAAAAAGAGGUUCAGCAGAUUUUCUUCAUAAAAACAUUUUUAUUUGCUUUCUCAGCACUUCAACGUCCGUUUCCAUUAGUUUUGACUUGAGUUAGACCACAGAUUGGAUGCAAAACUGGGCAAAUAGAAAACAAAAGAAAUCCUGGCUGAGCCAAAGAUGGAGCUGUAGACCUGUGGAUCUUUGACGUUCUGAACGACGAGCAAAAUGUGAUGGUCAUUAAAUGCGUGGAGCAAUCUGGCUUUCUUUGAGUUAUUUUUUGAAGAUUUUGAUAAUCAGAUUUCAGCGUUUACAGCUGGUUAGUCAGUUCAGCUACAAGAAAACCCUGAAUAUUUAUACAGAAAAUUCACCAAGACGGGCAGAUUUCAGACAAACCUCCAGAGAUGUAUUGGACCCAAAGGAUUUACAGAAAGCUGAGGAUUUUAAAAGAUGACCUCACAAUUUACAGAACUUCACAAACUAAAGUGUGAUUAUUCAAUGAGUAAGAUUGAUAUUUUCCAACACUGCUUUGUUUCUUCACCUGAAUUUAGGAAUUAAAGAUGAAAAAGCUGGUUUUAACAUCUUGUGGCAUUUUUCUGAUGAUGGAGGGAAAAAUAUGAGAAAAAUUAGCAUUAAAUUGCAUUUCUGAGUAUUCCUUAACUCAAAUGAAUAGGAAGCAGACGGGAUAAAAGAGCUUAUUUGCGACGCAGAUGCUUCCACUUGCAGACUCAUAGAUCCAUGCAUUCUCUGUUUUCUUUUCCAAGCUGGCAUUUGGCUCAAAACUGUACGACUGGAAAGCUCUGAGGGUGGGAGGGACUGUAAGCUAGCAGAGGGGCCUGUAAACAGAGAGCUCUCAUUAAUGAGGAAGCGUAGGGGGGCGGAGUUGCCCGGCCUAAACGUCCAACCCAAAAUUUGUAGGCGAAUUUCUGAUGAACUCCGGAUGAUGCUAGAAGACGUCAGGUUUUUAGAUUUUGAAUAUAAACUGCAGAAUCAUAACAAAAACAACCUCUGGGAUUACUUAAAAAGUAGAUCAAAGGAUGAUUGGAGUAGAGUCUUUUAAUAGAAUUCAAACUUGAUAUGGAUCUUCAGCUGGAAGCAAAUCCCAAAGCGAUUCAUUUUCUCCUUUUGGGAGUGUUUGAACAAAAGGGGUUUUUAUUUUCAGGCUAAUCCUUGUUUUAAAAGUUUGAGGAAUAAAUUUUGGUGCCAUGAAAGUAUCGGGUUUUGAUUUAUGAUGACAAAAUGUGUUUUUAGAGCUAAUUACAUUAUAGGUUUUGUGAAAGUUGUUUAAUCUGCAGUUCAACAAUAAAGAAGUGUUUCCUGUUCUUCAUAUCAAAAUCCAGGUAAACUGUCUCCAUUUAAUCUUUUUACUGGUAAAUUACUGAUAAUUAUGGUCCAUUUUGACCACAUAAAUUCUCCAAAAAUAUAAAAUCUGCAGUAUAAACCAGCAGUAUGUUUCAGAAAUACGGCAUUUUACUUCCAGUCAUCUUAAGACACGGUAGACCUUGAUAACAGUCCAUGAUUGUAUGAAACAAGGAACAGAAUUGUUUAAAGAGAUCUUAUAAAAUACAAAAAGAAGUGAUGUUUCAGUUUUAAAAUAUACAUUUGUGCUGUUUUUUUUCUUUAAUUUAAAGCGAUAUUUCAAUAAAAGUAUUUCAAAAGCA